CUCCUAAUAACUUCAUUUCUACCAAUUCAACAAUGACCCUUGAAUAUUCUUCAUCCUACUCCUUACUCCCCCGACUCAUCAUCACUCCUUGCUUCUUCAUAUUUCUCCUUUUCCUUUUGUACUCAAUAUCAUCAUUCCAUGUCACUUUUACAUUUGCCUCUACACCUAUCACUUCUUUUUCAAAAGUUGAACAAGAUCAAGAAGCACUCGCUCUUCUAACAUGGAAGGCCAGUCUUGAUAAUCAAACCCAAUCUUUCCUCUUUUCUUGGUCUGGACGCAAUUCUUGCCAUCAUUGGUUCGGAGUGACUUGUCACAGGUCAGGAAGUGUCUCCGAUUUAGACCUUCAAAGUUGCGGUUUGAGAGGUACACUCCAUAAACUCAAUUUUUCAUCACUUUCCAACCUCCUUACUCUUAAUCUUUAUAACAACUCCCUCUAUGGAACCAUUCCAAUCAACAUUGGCAAUCUUUCCAAACUGAUCAUAGUUUUGGACUUUCGUUUCAAUCAUUUCAUUGGUGUGAUAUCUGACCAAUUUGGAUUUCUAACAUCUCUUAGCUUUCUAGCAUUGUCUUCUAAUAAUUUCAAAGGCCCAAUUCCUCCUUCCAUAGGGAACUUGAGGAACUUAACCACAUUGUACCUUAAUUCAAACAACCUAUCUGGUUCUAUUCCUCAAGAAAUUGGAUUGUUGAGAUCUCUUAAUGUUAUUGAUUUGUCAACUAAUAAUCUCAUUGGCUCAAUCCCUCCUUCCAUAGGUAAUUUGAGGAACUUAACCACUUUGCUCCUUCCGAGAAACAAACUAUCUGGUUUUAUUCCUCAAGAAAUUGGAUUAUUGAGAUCUCUUACUGGUAUUGAUUUGUCAACUAACAAUCUCAUUGGUCCAAUCCCUUCUUCCAUAGGUAACUUGAGGAACUUAACCACUUUGUACCUUAAUUCAAACAACCUAUCUGAUUCUAUUCCUCAAGAAAUUACAUUGUUGAGAUCUCUUAAUUAUCUAGUCUUGUCAUAUAACAAUCUCAAUGGUUCACUACCAACUUCCAUAGAAAAUUGGAAGAACUUAAUUAUUUUAUACAUUUAUGGUAACCAACUUUCUGGCUCCAUUCCUGAAGAAAUUGGAUUAUUGACAUCACUUGAGAAUCUUGACUUGGCAAACAACAAUCUUAGCGGUUCAAUACCAGCUUCCUUAGGAAACUUGUCCAAGUUAAGCCUUUUAUAUCUUUAUGGUAACAAACUUUCUGGAUUCAUCCCUCAAGAAUUUGAGUUACUAAGAUCUCUUAUAGUUCUUGAGUUGGGAAGUAAUAAUCUCACUGGUCCAAUCCCUUCUUUUGUAGGAAACUUGAGGAACUUAACCACUUUGUAUCUUUCUCAAAAUGACCUUUCUGGUUAUAUCCCUCGAGAAAUCGGAUUGUUGAGAUUGCUUAAUAUUCUUGACUUAUCAUUUAACAAUCUCAGUGGUUCAAUACCAGCUUCUAUAGGAAACUUGUCCAGCUUAACCACUUUGGCUCUUCAUUCCAACAAACUCAGUGGUGCCAUUCCCCGAGAAAUGAAUAAUGUCACUCAUUUGAAAUCUUUGCAGAUAGGUGAGAAUAACUUCAUUGGCCACCUACCACAAGAGAUAUGCCUUGGUAAUGCUCUUGAAAAAGUUUCAGCCGCAAGGAACCAUUUCACUGGUCCUAUUCCAAAGAGCUUGAAAAAUUGCACUAGCUUAUUCAGAGUUAGGCUUGAAAAAAACCAACUUACUGGAGACAUAGCCGAAAGUUUUGGUGUAUACCCUAAUCUAAAUUAUAUUGAUCUGAGCAAUAACAAUUUUUAUGGUGAGCUUUCUGAGAAAUGGGGGGAGUGCCACAUGCUCACAAACCUGAACAUCUCCAAUAACAAAAUUUCUGGUGCUAUACCACCUCAACUUGGGAAAGCAAUUCAACUGCAACAACUUGAUCUCUCCUCAAAUCAUCUAAUUGGGAAGAUCCCAAAAGAAUUGGGUAUGCUUCCUUUACUGUUCAAGCUGUUGCUAGGCAACAACAAACUUUCAGGAAGUAUUCCUCUGGAAUUGGGAAACUUAUCCGAUCUUGAAAUCCUUGACUUGGCAUCAAACAACUUAAGCGGUCCAAUUCCCAAGCAACUGGGAAACUUCUGGAAAUUAUGGUCCUUGAACAUGAGCGAGAAUAGAUUUGUGGAUAGCAUUCCUGACGAAAUUGGAAAGAUGCAUCAUCUUCAAAGUCUCGAUCUUAGUCAAAAUAUGCUGACAGGAGAGAUGCCACCGCGGCUUGGAGAAUUACAGAACCUGGAAACGUUGAAUCUCUCCCACAACGGGCUAUCUGGCACCAUUCCACACACGUUUGAUGAUUUGAGAAGUUUGACAGUUGCUGAUAUAUCCUACAAUCAAUUGGAAGGUCCUCUCCCCAACAUCAAUGCCUUUGCUCCAUUUGAGGCAUUCAAAAAUAAUAAAGGUCUGUGUGGUAAUAAUGUCACUCAUCUCAAGCCAUGUAGUGCUAGUCGAAAGAAGGCCAACAAGUUUUCUAUUUUGAUCAUAAUACUCCUCAUUGUGAGCAGUCUAUUGUUCUUAUUUGCUUUUGUUAUUGGCAUUUUUUUUCUUUUCCAAAAAUUGAGGAAGAGAAAAACCAAGUCUCCAAAAGCAGAUGUUGAAGAUCUAUUUGCAAUAUGGGGCCAUGAUGGGGAAUUGCUGUAUGAACACAUCAUACAGGGGACCGACAAUUUCAGUUCGAAGCAGUGUAUUGGCACUGGAGGAUAUGGUACUGUUUACAAGGCUGAGUUGCCAACAGGUCGGGUUGUUGCUGUGAAAAAGCUUCACUCAUCACAAGAUGGAGAUAUGGCUGAUUUGAAAGCUUUCAAAAGCGAGAUUCAUGCUUUAACACAGAUAAGGCAUCGCAAUAUCGUCAAGCUUUAUGGCUUCAGUUUAUUUGCAGAGAACUCAUUUUUGGUUUAUGAGUUUAUGGAAAAGGGAAGCUUGCGAAGCAUUCUAAGAAACGACGAAGAAGCAGAAAAAUUAGAUUGGAUUGUGAGGCUAAACGUUGUUAAAGGCGUGGCUAAAGCUUUAUCUUAUAUGCACCAUGAUUGCUCACCUCCUAUAAUUCAUCGAGACAUAUCAAGUAACAAUGUUUUGUUAGAUUCAGAAUAUGAAGCUCAUGUAUCUGACUUUGGCACAGCUAGGCUUUUAAAGUCAGACUCAUCUAAUUGGACUUCAUUUGCAGGAACUUUUGGUUAUACUGCUCCAGAACUUGCAUACUCAAUGAAGGUGGAUUAUAAAACCGAUGUUUAUAGUUACGGUGUUGUAACAUUGGAAGUAAUUAUGGGGAGGCAUCCUGGAGAACUCAUCUCAUCCCUGUUAUCAUCAGCGUCCUCCUCAUCUACAUCACCAUCAACUGCCGACCAUUUCCUGUUGAAUGAUGUGAUAGACCAGCGCCCCUCACCUCCUGUGAAUCAAGUGGCAAAGGAAGUAGAGGUUGCAGUGAAGUUGGCAUUUGCAUGCUUGCGUGUUAAUCCCCAAUCUCGGCCAACUAUGCAACAAGUUGCUCGAGCACUCUCAACACAGUGGCCACCAUUGUCGAAACCGUUUUCCAUGAUUACAUUGCUUGAGCUGCAGGAUCAUGGUCAUGGGGGUGAAACUAGCUGAGGGUCCUCACUUCUCCAUGUAAAUUUGUUAUCAAUUGAUUAUUACUGUAAAAGCUUAUAUUGGGUGAAGUAAGAAGAUUUAUCAGGUCUGAGGAAGUUUCAGCAGAUAAGGCAUACUGUUAUGACAUCCAUGGGGGUGGAAUGUGCAGGUGUACUACCGUGAAGAGACCCAUUCUGUUCCUGUUGAGAUGAAGAGGGGAAAUGUGAUGUCCUUGCAACCUUUGGAACAUAUUUUUGUUUGAAGGGUCCCUCAAGCAGUUGACGUGAGGGGUCUAAUCAAGGUGAAGAGCCUGCUGAAUAUGAAGAGCCUGCUGGGGAUGCACUUAAAUUCAAUCAUCCAGAAUUAUUGAUGUGUGUUAACAAUUGCAGUUCGAUCCUGAGGGCUGUCGUGGAGGAGCGUGGGAAUGUCAGAUGACUGUGUCUCUACUUCUGAGGCUGCCAAAUAAUCUGCAUCACCGGAUGCUUGGACAAGUUGAUUUUAUCAACGGGGGGCCUCCAUGCCCGGUUUGAUCAGCUUCUGCUCUGUUUUUUUACUCUAUUCUAGGAGCUAAAACAAGGCUGCCAUCUUCACAGGGUUUCUCUGGGAUGAAUCCAUGUAACCAAAGUAACUGGAGUAAAGUCCAGGGUGAAAUGAUCCUGGCCUUCUUAUCCUUUGCCGAUUACUUUCAGCCAAGGUUCUUCCUGCUCGAGCAUGUGAGGAACUUCAUGUCUUUCAACAAAGGACAGGCAUUCCGUCAAACUCUAGUAUGGUAGAGCAGUCUAUGAAGCAUUCAUCAGCAUUAUGACAUUGUAAAUUCCCCUCUUGGUCUUGAGCUAUGGCCACAACUGUUGAGGGUUUUGCAGAUUUUUCCAAAAUUUUGUCUCUAACAUUGAAUCAGAUCCCAUCCUGUUGGGUCCCCCUGAUGUAAUUUUUCACAAAACUGGAAAACCCAGACAGGGUUUAGAAUUUAGGAGGCCAGCAAAAGAUGAGGAUUGAACUGAAUACGAGAUGUAUUGACUCCAAUUGCAAAGCUGAAAUUUGAACAGAGAAUAGAGGAUUUUACGUUCUAGACGUGAGGGGCUUAUAUCUAGGAAAAUAAAGUGGGAGCUUCAGGUAAUACUCUUUUAAGCCUGAUAUGGAAACUUUCUGUUUGUGUCUCACAGGAUAUACCUCUGGUGUCAGUAACUCUGGAGGUUUGAAGGCGCGUCAUGGAGCCAUGGGCCCAAUUGCAUGGGGCGUGCUCCUUCCAAGAUACUUCAAGCAUCAUGAUCCUCAAUGGUUUUAUCUUCAUAUCUUGAUCCAGAUUGUGAGUUUUCUUCUGGAUUUUGCUACUGUUGUCGUAGGAAGGACACUCUACAAUGGACUGGAGUCCGAUCGCAUUUGCAAAUUCAAGAUUCAGACCCCUCGAAUCCUUAGUGCUUUUCCUUAGCAUUCUUCAGGUAAUGGCAUUGAUUCUAAGUUUACUUCAGGUAAUGCUGAAAACAUCACUGGGUAGGGAGACUUGCUCUCUUCUUGGGAGCUCUGAAUAUUGUGAUUGGACUUUUAGUGGCAGAAGCAGGCUCGGGGUGGAAAAUACGAUAUGGGUUUCUUGUAUCCUUCAUUCUUGUGACAGUCACCGUUUUGAACGUAUCCUUGGGGCUGCGGAGGUCCAAGAAGGCAAAUGACUCCUGUUUUUGGAUGUAAUUAGGUUUUUUGUUCAUGUGUCUGCACCUUUUUUAGGACCCUAACAUGUAAUCUUUUCAUCUUUUUAAUAGAUCAUUGAGAGUGAUAAUUUUCAAAA